AUGCCACCCCCGCGCGUGUAUGCGACAGAGCCGAAGCGCCGCAAGUGGACGUGGGCCCAUGGGCGCAAGUGGUGGCGAGUGAUUAGCAACCUCCUCGCCAUUUUCCUUAUCCUGCUCACGGGCUUGACAGUGGUCGUGUUGCUGGCCAAGGGUAUGUUCUUCAGUCGCCUCGCGUCACCGUACUUCCAAACAAGCACCGACUGGAAGCCGUACAACCAAACGUGUCGCCUCUCGCCGGACGGGUUUGUCGCGUCGUCGUGCUCGGCAGAGGAGGUGGCCUUCACGUUAUCGCCCGAGGCGUGGCACUCGAUCGGUCGGCAACUCGCGGCCGACAUCCAAGUGCCAUCCGCGACAGUAGCAGCGUUUGUGACGACAUGUGUGAUCGGCACGCGGCGGGAAUGGGUGAGGGUGGCUAUGCUAGUGGGGGAAUUCGGCUUUCCGCAGUGUCUCCCUGUAGGCGAGCAAGUGAUUCUCGGCAUGGCGUUGCUGGAAACAGCGACCACUGCCACCUACCCCGACGGCGCGUACCUAUUGAGUUCGUUUUCUGGCAUGAAACAAACUCACAACAUGACCGAGCUUGCCUUGUCGGACGGCACGGUCGCGAUGGCCUUUGCACCGAUGGUCAAGACGUUGGUGAGCACCGACGGCGUGACGUCAAUGGCUCACCGCCGGCAGCCCAACUACCGCACCACGCUAAACAGCCUCAACCAGCGGUACCUCAUGGAAAUGAUCAGUGUUGCCGAGUACAUUGACAUUUCGUCUGUCGUGUCCACUCAAAGCGGGUGGAGUGUGGGGUCGAGAAAUCGAUUUGUGGGCACGUUUGCCUGGGAUACGCAGCACAAAGCAUCCAAUUACAAGGAACUGCUAGUGUUUCAAAUUGCCAUUGCACUCGCGGCGCUCUGUUUACUGGCCAAUGACGGCAUCAUCACUCUCGAAGGGCUCUCUGGUUUGCUGAAAGACCGCCCAGUCUUGACCUAUGACCUGUUUUCGGCGCUCGAGCGGCGCAAGCUCCUGCUUGUGUUUUUGGUGUGGGCCAUGAUGUUCUCUCCGCUCUACGCUGACGUGCUGCGGUACCUCCAUCUCGUGGCUGGCAACGGGCCGUGGGACUUGUCGCUCAUCAUGGUGUCCAGCCUCUUUGCGUGGAGCUGGAUGGGCGUCCUUACCUGUGUUCAGCAUGUUCCUUGUCCAGUGGCGUGGCGACAUCGACCGCUGGCGUACUCUGCGCCCGUGUUCGUCAACACCAACUUAGCCCUGUUUUUGGGGCUGCAAAUGGCCAAAGAUCGAGGGUUUGUCGAGUUUUUCGCGUUCUGGGCAGACGCGCAUCCCCUCUUGGGCAUUCAAGUGCACUCGGUGACUAUGAACGCCGGCGCUUACGGCCUAGACGGCACAACGCCCGUGAUCUACAAACUCCUGCCCGACAUUGCGAUGUGCUUGGGCAUUUCCUGGGUCGUCUCCGUCAUCAGUGCCGCGUCGUCCAAUGGGUGGGACUGCCGCCUUGACACUGCGUGGACAGCGCACAAUUCGUUUCUCCAGUCUGUGGGGGUGCCGCGGUGGAUCACGUGCUUGAGCUUGGACAAACGGAAUGCGAUUCCCAUCGGCAAAGACAAGCUGUACUGCAAGCCCAGCACCCUCGUCCUGAUGGGAUACACGUCCGUGCACAGCGCGGCCGUCAUGUCCAUGAACACCAACGCCCGAGAAGAAAACCACGCGAUGGAGCAUUUUGUCCUGGGCAUCUACGACCUUAUCCGCGCCAUCGUGCCGGUGCUGCGGCGACGCCGACCGCCCCGAGUGCAUGGCACGAUCCAGCACAAUGCGUUUUUAUCGGCAAAGAGCACCGUCAAACUAGACGCCACCAGAACAUUUGUUUACUCUAGAGGCGAAUGUUGUGGCUAAUGCAAACCCAAUGUACUGUAUACUUUGACCUUUCCUA